ACCUUAUUCAAUUUGAAAUGAACAAUAAUUAUUUUCAGUUCAUGAAAUUUGUUACAACUGAGUACAGUUUGGAUCUUUUACUCAAGAUUUUGUCAUUUGCAGCACCUUGUAUGGUGUUUGUUUUAAAAUAUAUUUCUUUUUGCAUGGGUACCGAAACAGUAAGCCAAUACUAGUUCUAUAGCAAAAUUUGCUAAUACGAAACAAAAUAUAGUUUGCAUAGUAUAUCUUUCAUUUCCGCUAUGAAGGCUGGCGCUCUGCACAUACACACACACAUACAUACACAGAUUUAGUUAAAUUAAUACAGCUUCAAAAAUAGGUGAAGGAUCUCAUGAAAAAUGUUAUAAGUGACUGGAAUUUAUUAAAAACCGAGGUCGAGCUUGAAAUUAUAAAAAAAUAUUCUGAUUUUGGACGACUGUGUACAAUAUUCUUCGCACUGGCUGCAUAUUCUGCAUUGUUUAUUUAUAUAUUGAUUCAAUUUACGCCAGAUUUUCUUGACAUCGUAGCACCACGAAACGAAUCACGGUUACACAGCAUAUUAUUAACUGCAGAAUAUUUUGCUGACCAACAAAAAUACUAUCUUCCAAUUUUAUUGCAUAUUGACAUAAUAGCUCUCGUAGGAUUAACCACUAUGAUUUCUACCGAGUCUUUAUUUGCGGCGUACAUCCAACAUGCCAUAGGAAUGUUUGAAAUCGCCAGGUAAACAUUGAAUUAAAUUAAAGUAAUUGAAUUGCAUUAAAUUAUUCUUUUUACAGCAAGAUUGUUUUUAUAUUCAAUAUUACAUAUGCAUUAAUCAAAAAUGAAAAAAUAAGAACGUUUUAAAGCGGUUUUAUUUAUUAUAACAUCUGUCAUUUCGCGACACAUUUCCGCAUUAGACGUAAAAUUAACUAAUUUACUUUUUAUAUGAUAGAAGAGAAUAAUUGAUUAUGUGACAUAUGAUUCUUAUAAUAUUAGUUACAGAAUAGAACAUGCAUUUGACGAAAUACUGGGUUUAAAUAUAUCGCAAAAAAAUUGCUCAUAUUGCACAAAAAUUAUAAGUGCUAUAAAUAUUCACAACAGAGCUAUCAAGUUGGUAUCUCAUUUCCAUUUGUUUCGCUACCAAAUUUUUUUAAU